AUGGGGCGGAGCCAACUGCACAAACAUCCUGUCAACUUAAAGGCUCGUGAAAAUAGCACACGCUUGGAAGAAGCGUCUUUGAUGGCCACAAUGCCUCGCAUGUCAUGCGCUCAUAAGAUGAGCGCUAAUAAAAGGGUGGAACGGGUCGACACGCUGAUGGUGUUCCUGAAAAGCGCCACACAACAGCAGAUGUCCGCCAAGUUACACGACGUCUGGGCAUCUCCUCAGUCAACAAUCACAGAAGUUCGAUUACUAUUAACAUUAGGUGCAAACCCAGAGUCGCUUUACAAAGACGACUAUGGGCAGAAAACCUUGAUGGAUCGAGUGGAUAGUGGCACAGUGUGCGAUAAAUGUGUAGUGAAAUUCAACGAAUUUUUAGAAUAUGCGGGUGUGAUUUACGAGGAAAUGUGUGAACAGACCCCGAUCAAUAUUGUACGUGGCCGCAAAUGCACAUCAGGACUACUGCCGUUGUGUAUGGAUGGUGGUGGUAUGCGAGGUUUGGUGUCGGUGGUGUGCCUUCUGUUCGCCUCACGGCGGAUUCUCGGCGACGAGACAUUAGUGAACUAUUUCGAUUGGCUGAUAGGCACCAGUACGGGAUCAAUGCUCGCAUUAUCCACCGCAAAAGGGCAAAGCUUGACUGAGUGUUUCUUCCUGUACUGGAACAUGAAACGACAAAUCUUUUUGGAAGGUUCCACCAUGUCACGACUUCUUGGUGAUCAAGUCGCUGUCCAAACCAGAAACAUCGAAAAAGUGUUGUCGGAUUGUUUUCCAACGGAAACGUUCCAAAAAUGUGACCGGCGGCUUACCGUGCCCGCUCUAGACAUUUCCAUGGCUCCGGCUCGACUGCAUAUUUUUAGAAACUACUCAUUCACUCGGCCUUUUGGUGCAUCUCUAGACGAGGAACAAGAUAUAAUGUUCAAGGAUGCAGCUAGAGCUAGCAGUGCCGCUCCCACAUACUUUGAACCGUUUCUAUACCAGGAUAAGAAGUUCGUUGACGGGUCUUUUGUAGCUAAUUAUCCUCUUAAUAUUCUCUUUAAGGAAGUUGAUUCUUUUACUAAAAACAACAACCGAAUUCGUUUGGCGGGUGUGGUCUCAAUCGGAACCGGUGAGCCGGCCCAAUCCGAACGAAAGUACACAAGUGGGAAAACGCUGAAGGCAAAAGCGAAGAAUAUGGCUCACUUGAGCACGCUGAUACUUGAACAGGUAGUAGGACAAGAUCUCCUUGCUGUCGAAAUGGCUGAAGAACGUUGCCAAGCUCACAACAUACCAUUUAUUCGAAUCAGCCCAAAGGGCAUUAACGUGCGUAUUGAUCAAAUUGAUGAUGGAAAACUGAUGGAUAUGAUCUGGACAACACAUCUGUGGCUGAUUCAAAACCUCCAAGAAGUUGACAAACUCGGUGAAUUACUGUUCAAAUUGCUCUCAGACCCGGAUGACAGGAAGCGACGGAGUAAUACGGUGCUCUGA